CUGGAUGUGGGAAGCCCAGUUCAUAUAUAUAAUUAACUAGGUGCCUAGCGGUCGAUAUUAAGCCCGUCUUUCUCUGAUCAGAUACAUAGAGAGGGAGAUGGGUGUUCCAUCUUUCUAUCGUUGGCUGGUAGAUAAGUACCCAAAGAUAGUGGUCAGUGCGGUGGAGGAACGGGGACACGAUGUGGAUACCUCCCUUCCAAACCCCAAUGGAAGGGAAUUUGACAAUCUCUACCUGGACAUGAACGGCAUCAUCCAUCCUUGCUUCCACCCGGAGGAUCAGCUUUUCCCACCGACGACGUUUGAGGAGGUCUUCAAGGCAAUCUUUGAAUACGUAGACCGGAUCUUUCGCAUUGUGCGACCGAGGAAGCUUCUUUAUAUGGCAAUCGAUGGUGUUGCACCAAGGGCCAAAAUGAAUCAUCAGCGAGCACGAAGAUUCCGUACGACUAAAGAAGCUGAGAUGGCGGAAGCGGAAGAGGAAAAGAUGAGAAGGGAGUUUGAGAAGGAGGGGAAGACUGUUUUUCCAAAAUGCGAAUAUGAGGUUUCGGAUUCUAAUAUUAUUACCCCUGGAACUGUAUUUAUGGAGAAAUUGUCCAAGGCACUGGAGUACUACAUCCGCUUGAGAUUACACAGUGAUCCUGGAUGGAGGUCAAUAAAGGUCAUAUUGUCCGAUGCUAAUGUUCCUGGGGAAGGAGAACACAAAAUUAUGGCAUUUAUACGGCUUCAACGCAACCUUCCUGGUUACAACCCAAAUUUGCAUCAUUGCUUAUAUGGUCAGGAUGCCGACCUCAUUAUGCUUGCUCUUGCUAGUCAUGAAAUUCACUUCUCCAUUUUGCGAGAGGAUGUUCUAAAGGCAGAACAGAAUGAGAUUUGCCUUUCAUUUGUUGAACCUAGCCUGCAGAAAGAAGUAAAGACUCAGUGGUAUAGAAAAAGCAGUAAUGUUUUUCCAAAAACACCAUAUCAGUUUUUGAAUAUCUGGACAUUAAGGGAAUACUUGGAGCUUGACAUGAAUAUUCCUGACUUCAAAAUUGACAUCGAGAGAAUCAUUGAUGAUUUCAUAUUUAUUUGUUUGUUCGCUGGAAAUGAUUUUCUCCCACAUCUUCCUUCCUUGGAAAUUCAUGAGGGAGCAAUUGAUUUAAUGAUUUAUGUGUAUAAAAAGAUGUUCGAGAAGAUGGGGGGCUAUCUCGUAGAUAUGAGCAAAAUAAAUGAUAAAAAAGCUGCAUACAUAAAGGUCAAGAGGGUAGAAAGAUUUAUACUCGAAGUUGGAUCAUAUGAAGACAAAAUAUUUGACAAAAGAAAUAGAUUGCAGCAGAGGAAGCUGCAGAGGUUGUUGCAGCAAAGACUAGAAGAAGAGAAGGAUAAAAAUGAAAAUGAUGAUCUUCAAUAUGAUAUGAAAUAUGGAGUUCCUAAUGAGGUAGCAGAGAUAGAAGAGGGGCUUAUAAAAUUUUCAGUUCACAACAAGAGCUGUUCAAGUUUCAGAAGUUCUGAAACAAUUUCGAAGUCCUUCAAGGGGAAGUGCAGUGUCUCUGCUCCACAAAAUUUGCUUGCUGUGGGUCAUGAUGGCAAUGAUGUGAUCAAAAAUACAAAGGAGCUGAAGCAGAAAGUGAAGGACUUUCUUCGUGAUCAAGCAGACUUGUUUAAGAAUGGUGCUUUUCAAAACGAUAAGAUAAAACUCGGUUCUCCAGGGUGGAAAGCUCGAUAUUAUAGAGAAAAGUUCUCCACAGAGACUUUAAAUGAAAUUGAAAUCGCAAGGAAAAGCGUUGUCGAAAAGUAUGCGGAAGGUCUUUGCUGGAUCCUUCAUUAUUAUUUUUCAAGAGUGCGUUCAUGGUUCUGGCAUUAUCCUUUCUACUAUGCUCCUUUUGCAUCGGAUUUCAAAGGUCUUAGUUGCUCCCAGAUUAAAUUUGAGUUUGGAUGUCCAUUCAAACCUUUCGAUCAACUCAUGGCAGUGUUGCCACCGAAAAGUUCACAUGCUCUGCCAAAGGCAUAUAGGCCUUUGAUGAAUAGCAAGGACUCAACAAUCGUUAAGUUCUAUCCCUCCGAUUUUCAUGUGGACAUGGAUGGAAAACGCUUUUCAUGGCAGGGUGUUUGUAAGUUACCUUUCAUUGAAGAAAAACUACUACUUGCAGAAACAAGGAUGGUCGAGAGAGAACUGGAAGGGGAUGAAAUGGAACGGAAUUCGUUUAGAAAGGACAAGAUUUUUGUGAAGGAUUGCCAUGCUUUGGGGUUCCAAAUGAGUUCAAUUCAUACAUCAUCAAGACGUACCAUUGAAGGAUCUGAGCAAAAGUAUCCAAUUGAUGCAGUCAGUUGUGGGAUCAGUGGUUUUUUUUGCCCUUAUGAUGAUCAUUUGGGUCAUCAUCACUUCAAAUCUCCUAUUGAAGGAAUGGAGGACAUCGCAGAAGAUAAUGCAACAUUUGUAAUUUUCAUAAAUCCUGAUUGGCAUGAACAUAUCCCAAGGCUGCUAGAAUUCGUGAAUAUACCUGGAAAGACAAUAACAGAAACAGACAUUGUGGAAAGAAAGCUAUGGCAUGAAUAUGAGGGUUCAAGGCAAUCACAGAUAUACAACCAGCGAAGAUAUGCCACUAAAGUAGAAGCUGUGACUCAGCUGAAGUCCACCCAAUCAACAUGGAAAGAUGCUGGAUCUCGUUGGGGAUGCACCGGAAGGGGAAGAGAUUUUGUUGGUGAGGUACCCGUUCAACCAAUAACUUGAAUAACUUGAAUCGAGCUAGAAGCUUUGGGAAGGGUCGUGGAACUUUACAGGCGGGGCUUUCUACCACCAGAGGGAGCUCAUUGGCGAAUGCCAGUAAUGCAAGCAUUCAGCGAGGCAGUGAUAUGGAGUGUUUCUGGAGCAAUUCUACUGCUACUUGUCAGGGGUAUCAAUCGAGAAAUGGCACGUCUAAUUGGUCGCGGGCUGAUACCACUGUCAAUUGGAGGGCUCGUCGGGGUCUAGAGCCAGGUGUUCGUGGAAAUGUUAGAGACGACAGCAAUAUGCGGAAUGAUGGAAAUGGUAGAUUUGUUUAAGGGAAGGUAAGAGCUUGUGAUAGCUAUGGUUUCGGGAUACAGUUUCUUGUCGGUGGAUUUUUGUUUUUUAAUUGUGGUCAAAGACAGCAGCUAUUUUGGCCUGCGAGGAGGACGUGCACCGGGGUUCAUAUUCUGGUUCCAGUCCCGUGGAGGGGCAAAAUUGUGACAUUAGACAUGUAGUUUUAAGGUUUAUGCUACUCUUUUAUUUUGUCCGUGUGCUGCGCCUUUUAUAUUCUUGUUUCUCAUGUGCUUUCUGAGGUUAGGAGACCUGUGACUCCAGUUAAGCCUUGUGAGAACUGGACCCGAGGCCACCAUUAGGAAUGUGUCCUGGCCCACUGGAGCUGGUCAGACCAGCACUUGGAAAAAGCAAAUGAAGUAGCGCUGCAUCACAUUUUCAUCUCUUUAAUAACGGUAGUGUAUUCGCUUUUUAGUCUAUUACAUUAUAAUCCUCGCAGUUCUAAUACAAUCAUCUGUGAAAAAGUGUCCUUGAACUAUUCUAAUAGGAGAUAAUGA